AAAUGAUCCUUGUUCUUUGCAGAAAUUCUCUCCAUUCCAUGGUUGAGCUAAUCAGGGUAGCUGACUCUCCGCCAACAAAGAGGCGUCGGAGACUUACUCCAAAGGGGUGUGAAGACAUUGCAGCCGAGGUGUGUGAUGCCAUAAUGAGACACACUAAAGAACGCUUCCACUUCACGGCCCACCUAGUCAGUUCCAGCUUGCUGCAGGCGGACAAGUUUCCAUUCUAUAAGACAACAUUUCCUGAAGAUGCACUUAACAGCACCUUGAGGGCCUACCCAAUGCUUAAUGGAAACAAGCUGAAGGCAGAGCUUAGUGUCAUCUACAGCAAGGAAGAGUUCAUAGCCUGUCGUGGUGCUGUAGACCUCUUCCAGCUGUUUAUGGAAAAUUUUCUUGAAGAAGUAUUUUCGGAGACCGUCACUCUCCUAAAGAUCCUCAUCACCAUGCCCAUGACCACUCCAGAACCUGAGCGAUGCUUCUUGAAGUUGAAAAGAAUUCAGACGUUUCUCAGAAACACCACGACCCAGGAGAGACUGAAUGCCUUAGCCAUGCUCUCAGUGGAGAAUAGACUGGUGACUGAGAUGAUUGACUUCAACCAGAAAGUCAUUGAGAAAUUUGCUGCCCAGAAUGAAAGGAAGGCACAGUUCAUGUUCAGCUAGUGCUGGCGGCAGCUGCCACGGCAACAUCACAGGGUGCUCAUCAUCACUGAGGUGCUGCUUCAGUUUGUUUGCUUGUUCCAAAACUGCCCUCCUCACCAAACCAAAGUUGCCAGCCACCACUGGUUAUAAAGUGGUUAUACUGUUGAUGUUAUGACAUUUUCUGGGGCUUUUUUUUAUGCCUUUAAUGUGACCGGACAGUGGAGAAUGACAGGAAGCGAGUGGGAGAGA